AGAUGACUACAUAUACAACCUCUACAAGAUCCCCAACUACAGUAAUAUCUGUGAAUUCAUCAACUUCAAUUUCCACAAUUGUUGCUGGUAUCAAUUGUGAUACAGUUGAUUAUGUACAAAGAUAUUAUCCAAUUGCAAUGAUGCAAAUUAUACUGCUGAUUCUCUCGUUCUCCUCCAUAUUUUUGAUAAUCGGCGGAAGAAUUGCCCAACAUCAUUCAUAUUUUCAUCCAAAUGUCAAAAAAUUACUGAAAACUUACCAUGGAGCAAUUUUAAUGUAUGGAGUGUCUCUCGGAACCGCACAGCUAUACCAUGUAAUGACAUCAAUGUCUUAUGAAAGUUGUGAACUGUUGAUUUCGUGCCGAUUGUGUUUUGGGUUCAGAGUUAUUGCAACGGCUACUGUUUUAAUAUUUUGUCUGCUGUUAUUUGCAAUUCCAUUCGAACGUUCAAUAGCAACUCAACAUCUUGGAAGAGGAUAUGAGAAUCGAAAAGGCUCAAUUGGAAAAUGGUUUUCCUGGAGCACUGUCACCGUAUCGCUUGUAUUUUCCAUUUGUUACCACUGGUCUGAUUUCUCGAAAAAUCGAGUUUGCACCCAUUGCAUUUACGAUCAAAAUCGAGUACUUAUUCCAAUGGAAUUAAUGAUUUGGUUGACUGGAAUGUCUAUUAGUUCAUUGAUUUAUACAUUUGGAUUAUGGAUUUUUAAUCGGUGCAAAUUGAAAAAGAAAACCUAUUCGCUCGCAAUCGAAUUUCAAAUAAAUCAAAAUCUUCGAAUUCUUCAUUUGGUUCUUCCGUUAUCAUUAUUAACCUCGUUAGCAUUUAUAUGGUAUUCCAUUUCUCCAAAAUGGUUCAAAAUAUCCAUGGAUAUUGAUCCAGAAAAGAAGCAAUUUCAUGAAAUGGUGCAGAAUAUAUUCCCCCUCUACACCCUUCUAUCCUCAUCCUUAUGGCUUGUAAUGAUGAUAUCUGAAAAGAAAAAGAAAAGAAUUGGAUUGGUACCACCUGAAGCUAGAAAAGAUGAAAAAGAUGUAUAUUUCAAGUCAUUGGACAAUCAAUGGUCAAAGGUUCCAUCACAGAAACCGUCAGUUAAAAUGCAAAUUCUUACUGUUUUCUCAACGCCAAGAAAUUCUAUGAUUGUUGCGUGAAUCAGUAAUUGUUUUGUUUUGAGGAAAUAAAUAUUUACAACUGUAAAAAU